UUUCAUUUUGAUUCAUGGUGUGUUGUAAUGUAAAAAGCUACAACAUCUUGACCAACAGGCAGUUUUUGAUGAAGUGUAGAUAAUUUUGAGAUUGAAAUGCAGUGCAGUUGAUUGAAAAUGGCUCCUAGUAACCAGAGCAGACAUCGUGCUGGACAUCAGCAACCAGCAAGCAAGAAAUUUGAUGGCAUAAAUUCUCAAACAGCCAAAGCCAGUUGUGAUAGCAUGAGCUCGAGUUUGGGUCACUGGAGUCCUGGCACCUAUACAGCCCUGAAAGCCCUCCUCUCAGCACGGCUCUGUGCUGCAGUCUGGGGCAUCAUUACAGACUGUGAUGAGACAUUCAACUACUGGGAACCAAUGCAUUUUGUGCUGUAUGGCAAAGGCAUGCAGACCUGGGAGUAUGCUCCUCAGUAUGCACUGCGCUCUUAUUUCUACUUGCUACUCCAUGCAGCUCCAGCCUGGCUCUAUGAUGCUAUUGUCACUUCUAAUCGAGUCCUAGUGUUCUUCUUUGUCCGCUGCCUCCUUGCAAUGCUCAGCUCAGCCUGUGAGCUCUACUUUUACAAGGGGGUGUUAGUGGCAUAUGGACCCAGGGUUGCCCGCUCCACUCUCUGCCUCCUGGUGUUCAGCACUGGAAUGUUUGCUGCCUCAACUGCUUUCCUGCCAUCAUCUUUUGCUAUGCAGGCUGUGGCGUGUGGCAUGGGUGCGUGGCUUCAGCGUCAACACAAGUUGGCUAUCUUCUGCUAUGCUGUCGCCGCGCUGCUUGGAUGGCCGUUCGCUGCCGUCCUUGGGGCUCCGGUGGCUUACGAUAUCGUCGUGCGCAAAGGAAAGCUGAAACUUUUCUUACUCUGGAGCUUCCUGUCUGCAGUCAUAAUACUGGUGCCGAUGGUGCAGCUGGACAGUCUGUACUACGGCAGGCUGGUGGUGGCACCGCUACAGCUCGUGCUCUACAACGUAUUCACGGCCCACGGCCCCGACCUCUACGGCACCGAGCCCUGGAGCUUCUACGUCAUCAAUGGAUUUCUUAACUUCAAUUUGGCAUUCCUGCUGGCACUGGCAGCUCUGCCUCUCUUGUGUCUGAGUGUCAUGUGUGGAAUGACAAAUGGUCGGUCGCACGCGCCGGAGUGGCUGAGCCUGGCAGGCUUGUACUUGUGGCUUGCUGUUUUCUUCUUGCAACCUCAUAAAGAAGAACGAUUCCUUUUCCCUGUCUAUCCUUUAAUAUGUCUGGCUGCUGCUAUGGCAUUAGAGAGCGUGGAAAGAUUACUGAAGCGCCUGCCGCUGCAGAACUGCUCGGCUCUGGCGUCGUAUGUGACGCUGUCGUUGCUGGUGACCUCUUCAGUAGUGAGCCUCAGCCGCUCUGUGGGACAAUACAGAAGCUACCACGCUCCGCUUGACAUUUUCUUGGAGCUGCAAAGGCUGCCUGCCCAGCCCUCGAGGGCCGUAACCAGACUUUGUUUGGGCAAAGAGUGGCACCGUUUCCCGUCUUCGUUCUUCUUGCCCAAUGACAGGUGGGAAUUGCACUUUAUAAAAUCCUCCUUCAAGGGACAGCUUCCACAGCAUUUCCUGCAAACGGAGAACGCCACUGCUAUAGAGAGGAGCAACUUCAAUGACCUAAACCUGGAAGAAACUGACCGAUAUGUAAAUGCCGAGUCGUGUCAUUAUUUGAUUGACCAAGACACGCCAGAAUUCAGCCAUGAAGAGCCACGCUAUAGCACGCAGACCAAAACCUGGUCUACCGUCACUGCAGUGCCUUUCCUUGACAAGUUAAGGUCUCCGGCAUUGUUCCGGGCUUUCUACAUACCCUACCUAACUGACGUCUACUGUGAAUUCAACAAUUAUACUUUAUUAGAGAAUAUAGCAUUGUUUAAACGCCGGAAAAACACGUAGACAAAACAAAUUUUCCGUGUAAAAAGUAAUUCUUUUGCUCAAUUUUUAGUUUUAUUUGCUAUUUAGAAAUUUGAAG